UACGUAAACAUAACACCAUAGAAUCCCCAUCACUAUGAUAUAAAAGAUUUUUCGGUGUUCUUUAAUGUGGUUUAGCAAUGGCGCUGUCACCAUUUCCAGUAAAUCAUCAAACUUUCCCAUCAUCUUCACAUUCUCUUUGCUAUCUUCUUUUGCAAACCCGGAAUCACUUUCCAAAUAACAGUUUCAGAGUUCUCAAAUUCAAACUUUCUUGUUGUUCUCAUCAAACAAUAAAGGUUGGUGUUGAAAUAAGUAGGAAGAAGAGGAAGCCCAGGCCAAGUUUUUUGGAUCAAAUUAAGGAUAAAUGGUCUCAGAAACCAAUCAUUUCCACAAGAAAGAAGUUCCCAUGGCAAGAAAAAGACGGAAUUGUAGAAGAAGAAGAAGAGGAAAGAGAGCAGUCUUUUGGGGCGAUCCUGUCUGAGUCAAAAUGUGAUAAGGUUCCACGAAAGGAAGUAAUUGACCCAGUGGCGAGUCGGGUAAUUUCUGCUCCUUGGUCUCAUGGAAGGAAAUUUAAUGAACCCCAUUUUGAUUUUGUGCCUGAAAUUUCAAAUUUUGAGUCUAAAAUAGGAGAAAGUUUUGCUAGUAAGAAAUUGAUUGAAUUCCCAGGAGGAAACACAGUUGAAGUUGUUGGGGGCCAAAUUGAAAAAUUAAAACUUAUAGAUGACGACGCUAACUUUAAUAACCAAACAAUUGGACUACCAGUAGACAAAGAGGUUGCAGCUGUUGACCGCUUAAAAGAUGUAGUAUAUUCCAGGGAGUAUUUUGAGGUUUCUACUAGUGGUGACGAGGGUGGUUCAGUUGAAGGAGAUAGCAGGAGAAGUAUGAAGAGGAGCAACACAGAGACGGCGGAGAGAACGAUACCAGAGCAUGAAUUGCGGAGGCUAAGGAAUGUUGCAUUGAGGAUGGUAGAGAGAACAAAAGUUGGAGUUGCAGGGAUCACACAGGCGUUAGUGGAGUACAUUCAUGAGAGAUGGAAGUUGGAUGAGGUGGUUAAGUUGAAGUUUGAAGAGCCUCUUUCUCUUAACAUGAAAAGGACACACGAGAUUUUGGAGAAAAGAACUGGAGGAUUGGUUAUAUGGAGAUCAGGCGGCUCAGUGGUGUUGUACAGGGGAAUGGCCUACAAGCUUCACUGUGUUCAAUUGUUUUCCAGACAGAAUCAGGCAGAUAUGAAUGCUUUGGAUUGUUCAAAUGAUGUUAAAGAUGAUGCCUCCCAAAAUCUGGUAGUCAAAGACUCUGCUAGGACCAUGAAGUCCUUCAUGCCUUCUUCAGAAUAUUUGAAGGAUCUAUCUAAAGAAGAGCUUAUGGAUUUAUGUGAACUCAACCAUUUGUUAGAUGAAUUAGGUCCACGGUAUAAAGAUUGGUCAGGUCGUGAACCAUUGCCUGUCGAUGGAGACCUGCUUCCUCCUGUUGUUCCUGGAUAUCAACCCCCAUUCAGACGUCUUCCUUAUGGGAUAAGACACUGUUUAAAGGACUGUGAAAUGACUACUUUCCGUAGACUUGCAAGGGCAGUGCCUCCACAUUUUGCCUUAGGAAGAAACAGGGAAUUGCAAGGUCUGGCACAGGCUAUGGUGAAGUUAUGGGAAAGAAGUGCUAUUGCAAAGAUAGCCAUCAAACGUGGAGUGCAAAAUACACGCAAUGAAAGAAUGGCUGAAGAGCUCAAGCAAUUGACAGGGGGAACACUGCUUUCCAGAAACAAGGAAUUUAUUGUCUUUUACAGGGGUAAUGACUUCCUGCCACCUAUUAUAAUGAGGACAUUGACAGAAAGGCAAAAAUCAAGAAAUCUUCAACAAGAGGAGGAAGAGAAAGCACGAGAGAGGGCCCUGGCCUUGGUUGGACCUAAUGCUAAAGCUUCUAAACUUCCUUUGGUUGCUGGUACCCUUGCAGAAACCACUGCUGCAACCUCUCGCUGGGGGCACCAACCAAGCCUUGAUGAGGUGGAGGAAAUGAAGAGAAAUUCAGCUUUGAUGCAACAAGCUUCACUAGUUAGUCAUCUUGGGAAGAAACUAGCUCUUGCUAAAGGGAAGUUGAGAAAGGCCAACAAGGCUUUAGCUAAAGUGCAAGAGCAUCUGGAACCAGCAGAUCUCCCAACUGAUUUGGAAACUUUAAGUGAUGAGGAAAGAAUUUUAUUCCGUAGGAUUGGUCUGAGUAUGAAACCCUACUUGCUUUUGGGAAGACGAGGAGUUUAUGAUGGUACAAUAGAAAACAUGCACUUGCAUUGGAAAUAUCGUGAGUUGGUAAAGAUAAUUGUGAAAGGAGAAAGUUUUGCCCAAGUCAAGCAUAUUGCAAUUUCAUUGGAGGCUGAGAGUGGUGGGGUGCUAGUAUCUUUAGAUAAAACGACCAAAGGCUAUGCAAUUAUUAUCUAUCGAGGGAAAAACUACCUGCGUCCUUGUGUGUUGAGGCCAAAGAAUUUACUGACAAAAAGACAGGCAUUAGCUCAUUCUGUUGAACUUCAGAGACGUGAGGCACUGAAGCAUCACAUCUCUGACUUACAAGAAAAGAUUGAGUUGGCUAAAUCAGAACUGGAAGAAAUGAAAACUGGGAAGGAGAUUGAUGUAGUAAAAACAUCAUACUCAAGGUUGAAUGAAACUCCACUUUCGCAUGAGGAUUUUGUAGAGGAGGAAUGGGAAGAGGAGUAUCUAGAAAAAUAUGGCAGUGGCAAAGAAGAUGGUUAUGAACAAAAGGAGCUUAUGCCUGAAAGACCAGCUCGGUAGUUCCUCCACAACUGAUUCCACAUGCCACUGCAGAACUUUAAUAAGAAAACAAAUGCUUUAACAUUCCAGCAAGCGGACAAGGGAAAGUUCAUCAAGCAACGGAGAUCAUAGAAUUGUGAUUUUAAUUGGACGUUGCAUUAACAUUAUUUGCUAAUUGUCAUUUUGUGAAGCAAGUGAUAGGGUAGGAUUCAUGGGUAAAUUUAGAAGCUCGUAGGUGCUUUUAGUUGCGUUGUAAAUACAGUAACCCAGCACAAGUUUCAUUUAUUUAUUUAUUUUCCCCAUCUUCUAU